AUGGCAAACGCUGUGCAAAAUGCUGCAAUCGUAUUAAUACUUUUUUCUAAAUCAUACCAACAUAGUGCAAAUACUAGAGCAGAAGCUGAAUACACUCGAAAACUAAACAAACCAACUAUUUUUCUUCGUGUCGAGUCGAAGUUUGUUCCAAGUGGUUGGCUGGGUUUCAUGAUAGGCGAGAGUCGUUAUAUUGACUUCUCCGGGAAAUAUCCAUAUGAGGAAAAAUUUGAAGAAUUAUGCACCACAAUUCACAAUGUUAGUCGUGGAUCGAUCACGGUAAAACCUGAGAAACCAAAAAAAACGGGAGAAUAUUCAUGCGUUUCAAUGUGA